CGGCAAACACUUUGUAUUCUAGUACUAGUAUUUGGGGUGCGGACAAUCUGACUACGCUACCGAGGAAUCAACCGGCGCUGGUUCCCCGACAAAAUACGCAAGCGCAGCUGGCUUUUUUGAACCCUCGGAUGAAUCUUGAUGAAUUUCAAGGUCAGUUUGCAAGAGCGAGCGUUCAAACUCGGAGGGAGAAUUAUCAACCGGCAAUGGCGACCAGGUAUUCGUAUCACCCGAACUUGGGGCCGGGGCAUGUUUCGGAUCCGGCUCGGAUGAAUCAUGAUGAACUUGAACGGCUGCGAAGCGCGAGCGUUCAAACUCGGAGGGAGAAUUAUCAACCGGCAAUGGCGACCGGGUAUUCGGGUCAACCGAACUUGGGGACGGGGCAUGUUUCGGAUCCGGCUCGGAUGAAUCUUGAUGAACUUGAACGGCUGCGAAGCGCGAGCGUUCAAACUCCGAUGGAGAAUUAUCAACCGGCAAUGGCGACCGGGUAUUCGUAUCAGCCGAACUUGGGGCCGGGGCAUUUUUCGGGUCGGCCGAACUUGGGGACGGGGUAUUUUUCGGGUCGGCCGAACUUGGGGCCGGGGUAUUUUUCGGGUCGGCCGAACUUGGGGCCGGGGUAUGUUCCGGAUCGGCCGAACUUGGGGCCGGGGUAUGUUCCGGAUCGGCCGAACUUGGGGCCGGGGUAUGUUCCGGAUCGGCGGCCGGGGUAUGUUACGCAUCGGCGGCCGGGGUAUGUUACGGGUCGGCUGAACUUGGGGCCGGGGUAUGUUUCGGAUCAGGCUGAUUUGAACGCUCCGAUGAAGUUUGAUGAAAGUGAACGGUUGCAAAUGGCGAACCUUCAACCUCAGAGGGAGAAUUAUGAAAGGGCAAUGGCGACCAGAUAUGAUCGGCCAAACUUUGGGCCGGGUCAUGUUUCGGGUGGGGCUGAUUUGAACCCUCAGAUGAAGCCUGAUGAACUUCAAGGUCAGUCGCAAAGGGCGAACCUUCAAACUCAGGGGGAGAAUUAUCAAACGGCAAUGGCGACCGGAUAUUCGGAUCCGCCAAACUUGGGGCCGGGCCAUGUUUCGGGUCGGGCUGAUUUGAAGCCUGAUGAACUUCAAGGUCAGUCGCAAAGGACGAACAUUCAAACUGAUCAGAGUGAGGAGAAUUAUCAAACGGCAAUGGCGACCGGAUAUUCAGAUCCGCCAAACUUGGGGCCGGGCCAUGUUUCGGGUCGGGCUGAUUUGAACCCUGAGAUGAAGCCUGAUGAACUUCAAGGUCAGUCGCAAACGGCGAGCAUUCAAACUGAUCAGAGGGAGGAGAAUUAUCAAACGGCAAUGGCGACCCCAUAUUUGGAUCGGCUGAAAUUUGGGCCGGGUCAUGUUUCGGGUCGGGCUGAUUUGAACCCUCAGACGAAGCUUGAUGAACUUCAAGGUCAGUCGCAAAUGGCGAGCGUUCAAAAUCAGAGGGAGAAUCAUCAAACGGCACCGCCAACGGAGCCGGGGGAUGUUUCGGAUCCUAAUCUGAGUUUAGAUUCGUUUCCUCCGCUUGAGAAGAGUGUUAAUUCAAGAUUGCAGACGAAGAAGAAGGCUAAGCCAAAGAAGAAUAACUGCGAGGAGUGCUGGAACGCGCAGAAAAAUGGCGUCCCGACGCCGUUCCAUCACUGCGUUAAUGACCCGGUAGUUAGUGAGUCCGGAACUCGGGAUGGUAGGCCCACUUGAGAUAAUUUCUUGGGUUAUUCGUGAUGGUUGUUACUGGUAUUGAUUUUUUGACCAUUAUGCCCUCGAAAAGGGAGGGAAAUAUUCAUGUUUUUUGUUUUUUUUUUCUGCUUUGAUUCUCGUAGCUGUUUGAGUUGAGGAAAUUCGUGAAUCGGUAUUUUAGUUUUAGACUUUAGUGUUGUUCGUAAAUUCGUAAACCGGUAUUCGUAACGGAAGCUUAAUUGCAUGGUGUAUAUUUUGGUGAUUAGAGAUUAAUUGACUCUUCCAUUACAAGUUAAUGCUGAAUUUUCCUAACUCUAACUGCUUCUGUUAUUCAUUUUACUUUAACUUGCUUGUGUAAUUACUGUCAUUGUCACUAAAGAUUAGCUUAAAUGGUAUUGAUCGAGAUCAAUCGGCACGGGUUCGAAUCUCUUCUUUCGUCUCAAGUUUGGAUGGCCUAAUCCAAAUUCAAUUCUUCGAUUUUUUUUUAAGACUCUUCGUUGUUCGGAGAGGUAUAUAUUGUUCAUGAGUUCGAAUCUCUCUCGGUGC